ACUCUAGGGUUGUGUUCGGAAGUUGGCACGGUUUGAAUCGUUACCGAAAUUUUUCUUGGUUUUCGUCAAUUAUUCCACGUAAAUGGCGGGAUAGAAACCUGAUUUGGCCACGAGCGCCUUCUUAAGUAUUAUAGAAUUAAUAAUUUAUGAAUCAUACCAUUUGAUGUGUGUUUUAGAUACUUCUGAAAUUUUAAACAAAAUAACUAAACCCUGAACCCUUUAUUGAAGUCCCCAUCCGUGUGAAAACAGGAACUCGUUUUUAUUCUGUUGAAGUAUGUGCUGUCAGUAUUGAAGUUUACAUAUCCUACAGUCUUCCAGGGUUGGCAGACAUUAGUUGGUGUUUUAAUUUUGAAGUUUCUGACAAUGAAGAAGCGAUUAGAUGUAACUGCUCUGGAUAAGACAGCAGUAAUAGAUCUUCUGCCACACAGUUUAUAUUUUCUUGGAGCUAUCGUUGCUGGUUCCAAAGCAUUAACAACUCUUCCAAUACCAGUGUUUGUGUCAGUCUGUAAUCUCCCACCAGCCUGCAUCUUCCUGCUGGACUAUUCUGCAAGUCCACUUAACCCGGGGUUAGUCCAAGUGACGGCAGGUGUCGUCAGUCUUGGAGCAGCAGUGUCCAUAAUUCUGCUUGAUAUCAGUAUGCCUUUUGCAGACUCUGGUUACUCAUGGAUGCUGGCCCACAUCCUCUUCCUGACCGCACAAAUGCUGCACUCACGUAUAACAAAUCCUCGAUACACUGAAGUAGACAAGAUUUAUUACAGCAACAUUUUCAGUGUGGUAAUUCUUGCACCAUCCAGUUUCUACCUGGAAGAAGCUUUCUCCGUACUCCAUUUCCAGCAUUGGCGUCAGAUACGUUUCUACUUGGGAUGUCUUCUCAGUGGCAUAUUGGGAAUUCUGUUACAAUUGUGUGCGGCAAAACUCCGUUCCAGUCACAGAUUGCAACAAACACAAGCCUUAGCAAAACUUUGUGCCUGUCUUGUAGCAAUACCAGUAUUUAGUACCGAACUGUCGGUUUCUGUUUGGGGAUUUGCAGCUACAAAUUUAAUUUCUAGUGUGUUGAUUCCUUCAAACUGUGAAUCGUCUGAGAAACGUGAUGAUUUCUUAAGUGUAUAAAAGUGUCUAAGUUUGUUUGUACUCGGAUUUGGAUGGAGAAGUCAUUGCCAUUUUCUCCGUAUUCAUCAUACUUUGAUACAUUUUAAAUAUGUGCAGUUUUAAUAUCGACUUGUUCCACAUGCUUUGAUUGGCGCUCUCAGAUGGCGCUAAGGGUGUGGAACUUAUUUGUGAAAGUUUCUCAUCAUUGAACUCUUCAGUGUGUGAUCCAUUUUUACAAUGGUAUUCUUUGUAAGUGACAUUUUAGGUCAUGUUAUCAAUGAACUCCACCCAUAUGCAGGUAUGCUCUGUUGGUAUUUUUUUGUUUUAAAUUUGUAUGUUGUAAAAGUAUCUAGCAUAAUUUUUCAGUUGCAUUAGAGCAAUUGCAAAAUAAUGUUUAUUUCAUAUUGAAAAUAAAAACAGUUUUGUAAGA